CCUCCUUGGGUGAAGGUUCACUGUGGUGACACUUCUGUCUGGUUAGCUGUCUACUGUACCGCGUAGUUAAACGUUUCAGCCACAAUGUCUGGCCGUGUCCUCGUUGGAGUUAAGCGUGUCAUUGACUACGCAGUUAAGAUUCGUGUGAAGCCAGACAACAGCGGCGUGGUGACGGAUGGCGUUAAGCACUCGAUGAACCCCUUCUGUGAGAUCGCUGUGGAGGAGGCGGUCAAGCUGAAGGAGAAGAAGUUUAUUAAGGAGGUUGUGGCUGUCAGCUGCGGCCCACAGCAAGCGCAGGAGACCAUCCGUACCGCCCUUGCCAUGGGAGCGGAUCGUGGCAUUCACGUGGAAGUGACCGGGAAAGACUACGAAACGAUGGGACCCCUGCAAGUCUCCAAGAUCAUGGCUGCUUUGGCCAAGAAGGAGGAUGCUCAACUCAUCAUCCUCGGCAAACAGGCCAUCGAUGAUGACUGCAAUCAGACCGGCCAGAUGACCGCAGCCUUACUGGACUGGCCUCAGGGUACCUUCGCAUCAGAGGUGUCAUUGGAAGGAGACAAGGUGAAAGUGGUGAGAGAAAUUGAUGGUGGCCUGGAAACUAUUAGGAUCAACACACCAGCAGUGCUCACCGCAGACCUUCGACUCAACACCCCGAGAUAUGCCACCCUGCCUAAUAUCAUGAAAGCCAAGAAGAAGAAGAUCGCUAAAGUGAAUCCUGCAGACUUGGGGCUGGACAUGACAUCCCGGUUGGAGGUGGUGAGAGUGGAUGAGCCCCCACAGAGGCUGGCAGGAGUGAAGGUGGAGACGGUUGAGGACCUGGUGGGCAAACUGAGGGAGCAAGGGACGCUAUAGAGGCUUCAGGAGUAUGAGCAGGGGAGCACAGGACUUGGCAGAAGGGACUCUCUAAUGAAUAACUGGACUGUGUUGCGCAAGCGCACCCGGAGGACUAGCUUAUGUUUCGGUCUAAUCCCUCUGUUUUUGAGACUGCGACUCCUGAGGAUAUGCAGGGAGGUACUGAGAAACACUGUCCUGUAGCAGACGAGCCCAAAAGGAUCAGCUUGUCUUUUAUGUGCAUUUUAACUUGCAUUCAUCUGUAUCAUAGGCUAUUAAUCUGACUUCAGACAAGCAGUCUUUAUGCAACAAUUGAAACCCAGACUUCUAUCACUAUCAUUCAUGCUGCUGUUUGUUUUACACUGUACAAUACCAGGACGAUGCAUUUCACCAACCGUUACAAGACUCUGCUGUUUAAUCUUGUGCAUCUGUAGUCUCACAUGUUAAGCAGUGCAGUUUUUGUAAAUGAUGUAUGUAGAUAAAGACCCGAACAUGUUGAGAUGAUAAGUGUCAUGUCCGCUGGUGAUUGUAUAGUUUGUGUAAUUGUAACCGGGUUUCAGACGGGGUCUCUCAGUAUGAGCGAGGGAAGAUGAUCAAACUUUUACCGUAAGCGCCUCAAUUCUCUGUUGAUUGUACAGAACAUUACCAUGACAAUAAAGCAGCCAGUCUUUUUCAUAUCUCAAAA